AUGGCCGACGCCGAAACAGACAUUGGCCAACUGUCCCCAACACAGCAAGAGGCCCUCCAACAGUACCUGGCCGUGACGGACCAAGAUGUCAAGGACGCGAUACCACUACUACAACGGUCGCAAUGGAAUGUGCAGAUUGCCAUUGCCAAAUUCUUUGACGGCGAAGGCCCCGAUCCCUUAGCCGAGGCCAUGGCGGCCAACCAAGCCAUCCCACAAGUCGCCGCUCGACACGAGAACCUCCAGCAGAGUCUACUCGCAUCCGAGUUCAGCUCGAGGGUAGCGCCGCGCCGCGAUCGAACCGACCCCGCCCCCCGAAUCGUCCCACAGUCAUCAACAACGCACGGCACGCCGUGGCUGCUGGGUCUCCUGCUGACACCCCUCAACUGGGGCUGGCAGGCGGCGACGGUUGUGCUUCGCACGGUGCUCUAUGCUCUCUCCUUUUUGCCAGCGGCGAUCCGGCCAACGCUGUUUACAAGCCGGCUGUCGGCAGCGCUGCAGGGCGGCGGCAGCGGCGGGCGGCGGAUGCUCAUGCCGCGCGAUGCGGCGGCGCGGUUCAAGCGCGAGUUUGACGAGGAGCACGGCGACAAUGAACUGCCGUUCUUCGAGGGCGGCCUGGCGCAGGCGCACGAUCUGGCCAAGAAGGAGCUGAAAUUCUUGCUGGUGGUGCUGCUCUCGCCUGAACACGACGACACGGCGGCAUUUGUGCGCGAGACGCUGCUGGCACCCGACGUGGUCAGCUUCAUCAAGGACCCUUCCAGCAACAUCAUUCUCUGGGGCGGUAACGUGCUGGACUCGGAGGCGUUCCAAGUGGCGCGCGAAUAUAAAUGCACCAGGUACCCGUUCUCGGCGCUCGUCUGCCUGACGCCCAAGGAAGGCAGCACACGCAUGGGGAUUGUCAAGCGGCUGUCAGGGCCCAUGCCCGCCGCGACAUAUCUGUCGGAGUUGCAGGGGGCGAUUGAAAAGUACGGCGCCGACAUGGCGGGUGUGCGUGCGGAGCGCAGCGCGCAAGAGUUUGCGCGCAGCUUGCGCGACCAACAGGACUCGGCCUACGAACGUUCGCUUGCAAUCGAUAGAGAGCGAGCACGGGAGAAGAAGGAAGCUGCGGCGGCGGCCGCCGCCGCUGAGAAGCGUGCGCUGGAAGAGGCAGACGCGGCCGCUCUGCGCGCCGAAAAGGGCGAGCAGUGGAAGGCGUGGCGCGCGUCGCAAAUCAAAGCAGAGCCACCUACGAGCGACAAAGAGGUCGUGCGUGUCGCCCUCAAGAUGCCGGAGGCCUCUGGCGCGGGCCGCAUCACGAGGCGGUUCGCGCAGGACGCGCCGCUGGAAGAACUCUAUGCGUUUAUAGAGUGCUACGGCGUGCUGCACGGCGAUGAGGGCGCCGGCAAUGCUAGCAAGGAGAAGCCGAUCGACUAUGAGCACAAGUACAUGUUUCGCGUGGCGUCGACGCUGCCACGGGCCAUCUACGAGCCCAGCGCGACGGAGACAAUGGGCGCUACGAUUGGGCGAUCGGGCAAUUUGAUUGUAGAGCCGAUGCAGGAUGGCGCAGAGGAGGAAUGA